UCUUCUUCUUCUUCUUCUUCUUCUUCUUCUUCGAAACACUCAUCGUAAAGGGGAGCAGAUUUGGCCAUAAUCGUUUAGGCCAACGGAAUAUUGAAUUUAGGUACCGUGGCCAGUCUAAUCAAGCACUAACACCCUAGUUUCGUUCUCUCUGUUAAUCGUUUCUUUUUCCCGCGUUGUUGCUCUCAUCUCUCGAACGCAUCUUUGACCUUCUUCUUGCCGAAGUUAGAACUAGGCUUGCGCUUGGCAUCUAUGGAUACCGUAUCUUUUAGCUGAAAUGGCUGGUCAGAGAAACAGUUACGGAAAGCGGUCUCAUUCUCACUCGGGUUAUGAUGAUGGAAGAAACAAGAGAAGAAAUUCAGGUGAAGAUAGAGACCCUUUGGUCAUUGACCCUCGUGAUACUGUUUACCGGUAUUUGUGCCCCGGUAAAAGGAUUGGAACGAUCAUUGGGAAGGGAGGUGAAAUUGUCAAACAGUUGAGGUUAGACACCAACGCCAAGAUUAGAAUUGGUGACACCAUACCCGGGUGUGAUGAUCGCGUGGUUACCAUCUACAGCUCUAGUGACGAGACUAAUCCAUAUGCAGAUGGUGAUGAUAAGAUCUCACCGGCUCAGGAUGCUCUAUUCAGGGUGCACGAUAGAGUUGUUGGGGAAGAUUUGCGUGUCGAUGCAGACUCUGAAGAAGGUGGCGGUCAGCAAGUGACUGCGAGGCUUCUUGUUCCAUCUGAUCAGAUAGGCUGCAUUAUCGGGAGAGGUGGGCAGAUUGUGCAGAGUAUCCGUACUGAAACUCGCACACAGAUCCGCAUUUUGAAGGACGACCAUUUGCCACUCUGUGCACUGAGCUCUGAUGAACUUGUACAGAUUUCUGGUGAAGCUGGAACAGUAAAAACGGCACUAUAUCAGAUUGCUGCUCGCCUUCAUGAAAAUCCAUCACGGUCUCAGCACUUGCUGGUUUCUGCUGUCCCCAACAUGUAUCCUUCUGGUGGUUCACUGAUUGGUCCUACUGGUGGGGCACCAAUUGUUGGAAUGGCUCCAUUGAUGAGUCCUUAUGGAGGAUAUAAAAGUGAUGCUAGAGAUUGGUCGCGGUCCUUGUACUCGACACCCAGAGAGGAACUUCCACCUAGAGAAUUUUCUCUUCGUAUGGUUUGUCCAAGUGGUUAUAUAGGUGCCGUGAUUGGAAAAGGUGGUGCCAUCAUUAAUCAAAUUAGACAAGAGACUGGAGCCGGUAUAAAGGUUCAUAGUUCAGCUGCUGAUGAUUGCUUGAUAGCAAUUUCAGCCAGGGAGGUGUUUGAUGAGCAACAUUCUCCAACAAUUGAAGCAGCCUUGCGGUUGCAACCCAGAUGUAGUGAGAAAACCGAGAGAGAUUCCGGACUUCUCUCAUUUACAACCCGGCUGCUUGUACCUUCUUCACAAAUUGGAUGCCUUCUCGGUAAGGGCGGAUCUAUUAUCAAUGAGAUGAGGAAUGUUACAAAUGCUAACAUACGUAUCCUUGGAAAGGACAAUGUUCCUAAAGUUGCAGCGGAUGAUGAUGAGAUGGUACAGAUCUCUGGGGAACUUGAUGUCGCCAAGGAUGCACUCAUAGAAGUAAGCCGGAGGUUAAGGGACAAUGUAUUUGACCGAGAUCGUGGUGCAGCCUCUGCUUAUUUGCCAGUGCUACCCUAUGUCCCUGUUUCAACUGAUGUGUCAGACGACUUUCAUUAUGAUGCCAGAGAUAGUAGACGGGUUGGACGCGGACAUACUUAUUCUGGUGGUUAUGCCUUGAGUGAUUAUCCUGCCAGUGACACAUAUGGUAGUUACAGUAAUUCACAGAUCGGUGGUAGUGGUGGUCCAUAUGGACCCUAUGGGAGUUAUUCGUCUGCACGUGCAAGCACUUCUGGGUAUUCUAACCAGGCCCCGACAGCACGGCGUAGAAACCAUUACUAGAAUUCAACAAUAGCCACAUGGAGCUGAGAUCCUGAAGCCUGAUGCCAGACCUACUUCCUCUUUUGAUGAAGCCUACAGCCUUAAGCUGGAAGACCCCGGACAUUGCCCUUGACGAUCUCCCCUAGAGGAACCAAACAUAGUUGAAGAUCCUGAAACUUAUCAAAUCUGCCUUCUCCCUGACAACAAACCAAGCUAUAUGUGAUGUGCUUCCAAGAACCUGUAGUUGCCUUACCUCUGUUGCUUUUGCUUUCAAACUGUUCGUUUUUAAUCUUGGAACCCUGUUGCUUCUAAGUCUAUUCAUUUUGGCUCUUGUACUCCAAAGCACUCUGUUUCUACCGCACUAGACCGUCCCUCUGAUUCCCUCGAGGCCUUUGAAUAGGCUGGAUUACCCCGUACACUGUUCUGCUACUAUGAGUACAAUGUAAAUCUAAUGUUUUCUUGAAUUGCAGAAUGGAUCCUUCCUUUCAUCUUCAUAAUCAUUCAGUAAGCUAGUCUUCUUCAUUUAACUAGGAAGUUUGUCUAUGAACAGAAGUUUGAUUUGGUAUGGAGAAUUUGAACGAGUGGUUUGUUGUAAUGUAUUCUGGUUAAAGUUCCCGUUGGUAAUAGCAACACUCUAGCACUAGACAACCUGGGGGUUGUAGGUGCAUUUAGUUGCUCCAUCAGAUGGAAUAAUAUGAUCAUGCCUGUAGGUUUUUUGGUUACUUGCAUGGAUUAUGUUUGGUUAUUUCAGGGGGAAGUUGAUCAAUGGAGAAAGGCAUGUUGUAUCACAUUGCUGAACGUUAUUUAGCAAGCCUGGGGAUUUGAUAGUUGUUAUUGAUCUGCGGUUGGAGGUUUUUGUGUUUCCUUAGAUCCAUGGUUCAUAUCAUUAUAUGCCAGUUACCUGAUAUUUGGGUACCUUGAGCAGGUUUUGGCCAUUCCAGACAGGAGGAAAUCUUCUCUUAUCCUUUGUAAGGGAAGUACCUUUUUUUACGUCAAUCAGUGCAGAAUGACUGAAGUCCUGAACAGGACGUUCACAGCAUGAAAACUGUGCAUGACUUGUUCUGCUGUAGUUUUUUGGAUUUUGGUUUACUGCCAUGAGUGUGUGUUUGCAGGUUUUAAUGACGUCUCCAGUUAUCUGGAUAUAUACAUGCAUGCUGAAAUUUCCAAGUCGAAGGGGUAGUAGAUAACAACCUUCUCUCGCUUCAUACAAAGAAUGGAAGGAUGGUGUGGAGUUGUUUAUGGGUAUUUCAUUGCUCUUUGCUUUGUCUUUCCCACGAUGGAGGACUUGAACAUCAUUAUAUAGGAGGCUUGGGGGGUGUGAGAUAGCUUGCUCCGAAGGUGGAUCCCUUUUUGGAUGCUUGGUCGUUGGUAUCAGACGAGUCUUAUAAAUAACAAGGAAUAUGAGAAAGCUGAGGACUGAGGAGGACUACUCAACUAGGUCCGUUGAUCUCUCUCUUGUCUUUGUUAGAGGGAUGAGUUCCAAUUUGCAGGCAUCAACUGCUGUAGUAGAUAUGGACUUGCUUUUGAGGUCAAAGUGAAAGCGAGUUACCAUGAGUCUUAGUUAAGACUUAGUACAUGGUGUAUGUGUAACAACACUAGAGGUGUAGUUGCACUUGCUGCCAAUAUCCAGCCGUCCAGCUGGUCUAGAAAUACAGUCGGUCAGUCUUUGUCAUUCAUAGGCUUUAUAUGUGUACGCAGGGCUGCCUUUUGAGUAUUGAAGAGUAAAUUUGGCCACCUAACUCUCUGCUGUACGCACCUCUUCUUUUUGUGUGUGGGAAAGCAGCUGUUCAACACUUAUUUCACUAGUCGUCGUUUUCGUUAUCUUAGUUCUUGACUAAAUUUAUGUAAGAUAGUAAGUGCCUGCUACUCCAGAAGGCUGGGAACUGUCACUUCUACGUCAAAAGUUGAUGCUUAUGCUUUUAUAUGAGCCCUCCACAGCUUCCAGGGGGCAAAUCCUAAUGGACAAAUGACGCCAAUCUUAAGAAGCAUACUGUUACAGAAAAGGAAAGUCCCUCCACAUUAAUGUCUCUCUGUCUUCCAUCCACUGUAUCAACUGUCUUAUUAGCUCUUUCUCUUUCCACAGUUUUCAUAAAUGAGGACCAACCAGAAGAGAAGAGAAGAGAAGAGAAGAGAAGAGAGCAUUUCGGGCAAUCGGUUUGGCUUCCUUAUAAGUAGACUGAGCUGAGCUGAAGGUAACCAUUCAUGCACAUACACAUUCAUUCAUCUAAAUGGCCCUCUACCCGUUUUUGCUUCCAAUCAUCAUAAUCAUCGUAGAUGCUUGCAUGUGGGAAUGAGGGAGUUUUAUCCAUGUGGUGCAGCCAAGGAUGACUUGCCGGCAGUACAUAUAUAUCAUAUAUGCAUUAGUCGGGAAAUGAAGACCGGCCGGCAAGCCGUCUCUGGCUACACCACUCCCUUGUUCUCUCAUGCUAGUUUCUCCGAUGGCCGUUCAUACUCCUCGAUUUAUAAUCAUUACAUUGCUGCCAUCUGCAUAUCAUUCAUCCAUGCCUAAACAGGAACAAACAAACAACGCAGAUCCUCUGUUUUCAUGCUUACAUAGGCAUGCACGUACGUACGGCACUCAGCUCCUCUUAAUCUGUUGCUCGUAUAUAUAUCUUACUGAAGGACACUAUACUGAUUUUGAUCUUGCAGGAGAUCAAGGACUCCAUUGUCCAAGUCAAUAAGUCACGAAGCUGAAAAUUGGAUGCUACAAAGACGAUCCAUCCAUCUUCUAAGAAUUGCAGCAAUACACAAGCAGGAAAUAUGGAAGCAAAUUGGAAGCUUAACAGAAGGCCGUUGGAAACUAGUAAACAGAGACUUGUCAUGCAUGGUACAGGCGAAGUAAUUAGUAAAGAAGAGACAACGAUUAACGUAUGACUUAGCAAAAAGCAAUGAGAUCAGUUAGCCUUGGGUUUGACGACGGUGGUUGUUGUUGCUGAGUCGAUGGACUUGGUUUCGAGAGGAUUAGGGAUGAAGCCUUCACCGACAAGCAAGCCAUACAUGAGAACACAAAGAGCAGCUCCGAUGCAGCUGCUUGGGGACACCAUGCUCUGCGAAUAAGCUCCCAGCGUCAUCACCGCCCCUAUCACUCCGAUCACCGCCGCGGUCAUCUUCUCGUUCAUCCUCCUUGAUUCCUGCCCUCUUUGACUUCAAAGCUUACAAGCUUUUUUCUCAAGCUAAUAAUGGGGAUAGGUAGAGAGAUAGAGGGAUGGAUAGAUCUAUUUUCAGGUUUCAGAACCCAUGUAUGUAUUUAGUAAUUAACCAUUGACGAAAAUGUAUAACAACUCGAUAUGCCGAUAAUAAUGGAAGUCAACUGAUCCUUUGCCGGCGCCCCAUGGCUUCCCCGAAAGGUUGAAUGAACUCACUUAGUUUAAAUAGUUUAUUCG